GAGAAGUGAGCUUGUCUUCUCUAAAGGGUUAUAGCUAGCUAGCUUGGUCAUUCUCAUAUGUUAUGUUAGCAUAUAUAGGAGUAUUAAUUAAUUUCAACAAUCCCCCAUGCCCAUGACAUCUCUCUCUUCCCAUUCCCUAAUUCCUUUGUACUACUAAUUAUUAUUAUAGCUUAUCAUAGGAGCCAAACCAAGAGAGAGAAAAAGAGAGACCAAUAUAGAAAUACUACUAGUGAACUAUUUAUCACCAAACUAAUCAGAAACAAAAUAGCCAUGGCAGCAACCUUGAUAAUGAACUACUCAUGGCUUGUAUUUCCCGUAACGUUGUUCAUCAUUAUUUUCUUCGUUUAUUAUCAAAAUGACUUACUUCUUCUACUUCCUACCAUCAAUCUCCCACCUCCAACAAACAAUCUCAAAACUCUGGAAGCUGCAGCAGCUGCUGCACCUGCUCCCUUGUCAUCAUCUGUUGGUCAUACUAUCAUCAAAAGGGGGAAGAACGGUUUAGUGAGAAUUGAACAAGAGUUGGGUGAAGCAAGAGCGGCGAUUCGAAGAGCCAUAAAAAGACGGAACUUCACAAUCACAUCAGAGAUACAAGAUUUUGUCCCCAGAGGAUGUGUUUACAGAAAUGCUUUUGCCUUUCAUCAAAGUCACAAAGAGAUGUUGAAGAGAUUCAAAGUUUGGACUUACAAAGAAGGUGAACCACCAUUAGUCCAUGAUGGACCCAUGAGUUCAAUUUACGGCAUCGAGGGACAUUUCAUGACUGAAAUUGAGAAUAGAUUGAGUCCAUUUUCGACCCACAAUCCAGAUGAGGCUCAUGUCUUUAUGCUACCCUUAAGUGUUACAAACAUGGUGCACUACCUAUACAAUCCUCUCACCACAUACUCUAGGGAUCAAAUCAUGCAUGUCACCAUUGAUUAUACCAACAUCAUAGCUCACAAAUAUAGAUACUGGAAUAGGAGCAAAGGAGCAGAUCAUUUGCUAGUAUCUUGUCAUGAUUGGGCACCAGAAAUCUCAAGAGAGAGUUCAGGCAAAGAGCUUUUCAAGAACUUAAUAAAAGUGUUAUGCAAUGCCAACACUUCUGAAGGGUUUGAUCCUAAAAGAGAUGUCUCAAUGCCUGAAAUGAACCUACAAGGUUACAAGUUGAGCUCACCAAUUCCAAGCAAAGAAUCAAAUAAUCGUUCUAUACUUGCUUUCUUUGCUGGAGGGGAACAUGGUAUGAUUAGAAAGACAUUACUAGAUCAAUGGAAAGGAAAAGAUAAAGAAGUACUAGUGUAUGAAUAUCUUCCAAAAAAACUUAAGUACUUUAAACUCAUGGGAAAAAGCAAGUUUUGCUUGUGUCCAAGUGGCUAUGAAGUAGCUAGCCCUAGACUUGUGGAGUCUAUAAACACUGGAUGUGUCCCUGUGAUUGUUUCGGAUAACUAUCAAUUACCCUUUAGUGAUGUUCUUGAUUGGAGCAAAUUUUCAUUGCAUAUUCCAUCAAAGAGGAUAAGUGAAAUCAAGACAAUAUUAAAAAGUGUUCCACAUGCCAGAUACUUGAAAUUGCAUAGGAGGGUGUUGAAAGUUCAAAGACAUUUUGUGUUGAAUCCACCAGCUAAACCAUUUGAUGUGUUUCAUAUGAUUCUUCAUUCAAUAUGGCUUAGAAGACUUAAUAUUAGGCUACCCCUUUGAUAUUUGGUAAUUUCAUCUGUACUAAUUUAUGUGUUGUAAAGAGUAUUUCAUUAACUGAAAAUAUUCCGUGUUGAUUAAGCUAUUUUAUUUAA